AUGAUGAAUGAAGAGUUUAAAGAGACCAUGGUUAAUUCCAAUGAUACUGAUGACAAAGGUGGACAACAUCAAAAUACAACCUCAUCAUCAUCAACAAAUAAUAAUAAUAAUAAUAAUAAUAAUGAUUCAGUAAAGGUUAAAGUUAAUGACGUCGUUGUAGUUGAUCCUACUUCUACUACAACCUCUACUUCUACUACAACAACUACACCUUCAACAAAUAAUUUAUUGGAUACAAAUGAAGAAAAAUUAUUACAAAGAAAAUUAUAUAGAGACAAUUGGAAAGAAGAAGUGUCGGCAGGAGAGACUGUCUAUUUGAUUAGUGCACGUUGGUUGGGACAUUGGAAGAGUUGGGUCAAAUACGAUGAUGGUAGCCCAAAGUCUAGUGUCAACUCGGAUCUCUACAAGGGCACCCCUGCUGCUGCUGCUGCUGCUGCUGGAAUGAUCAACUUGAAGCUCAGUGCCGAGUUUGAUGUUCCCAAGCCAGAGUCGAUCAACAAUAAAGAUAUUAUUGCUAGUAUGGACUCUGAGAAGGAACCUAUCCUUGCCGAAAACAAGGUCGAGCGCGACGACUAUGAGAUCAUCAACCAGAGGAUCUGGGAACUGCUGGUGCAGUGGUAUGGCGGCGGGCCAGCCAUCAAGAGAUCGGUCGUAGUCCUAGGUCUAAAGAAUGACAAUAGAAAGGAUCAUUUAAACGACGUACGAGAUUUCAUUGCAAAGCGAGAGUUACUCGACCCGGCCAAGAUUACCUUGUACAAGAUCACUCCAGACAACAACAACAACAAAAAGAGUGUCAGUAGUAGCAGCAACAGUUCUGCUGGGGCAGCAGCCAAACAAAAGUUGUUAAAGAAAUUCAAUUGUACGUUGGAAGAUUUAAAGUUUGAAGCUAUCACUAUUAUAUCAUUUUAUUUUGGUGAACAAUCGAAAUCAAUCAUUUCAAAGAUUGGUAAAAAGUUUAGCGGUAUUACUCAUCAUCUUAAAAAGGAUGGUAAUAAAAAGACUGGUGAAUCUGGAGGUUCUUCUUCUAAUCCACCAUCUCCAACUCCUCCACAUCAUCAAAAUAAUAAUAAUGUUCCAUCCAAUAUUGCUUCUCCCAAUUUACAACCAUUGGAUUCACAAACUAUUAAUAAUAACAAUAAUAACAACACCAAUAUGCAAAUUGUAUCAUCAUCAUCUGACGAACAAGCUUAUAUGCAUAGAGGUGCAUGUGGUCUAACUAAUCUUGGUAAUACUUGUUUUAUGAAUUCAUCUUUACAAUGUUUAGCACAUACAACACCAUUUGUAGAAUAUUUCCUAACAGGUAAAUAUAUUGGUGAUAUCAACAAGGUAAAUCCACUUGGUAUGAAAGGUCAAAUUGCAGAACAUUUUGGUAAAUUAAUGAAGGAUAUGUGGAGUGGUCAAACCAAUGUGGCACCAAAGAACCUUAAAUGGAUCAUUGGUAAAUAUGCCCCUCAAUUUAGUGGUAUUUCACAACAAGAUUCUCAAGAACUUUUAUCUUUUCUUUUGGAUGGUUUACAUGAAGACUUAAACAAAGUUUUAAAGAAACCAUAUAUUGAAGAAAAAGAAGAUACAAAUGAGGUUAGAGAAGAUUCAGUUGUAGCAUCUGAACAAUGGGAUAAUUAUUUAAAAAGAAAUCAAUCCGUUGUUGUAAAUUUAUUUCAAGGACAAUAUAAAAGUACAUUAAAUUGUAGUAGAUGUCCAAAAGUUAGUGUUACUUUUGAUACGUUUAUGUAUGUUACUUUACCAAUUCCAGUUCCAACAGAAAGAGUAUUUGAAGUAUUACUUUUUAGAUGCAAGCCAACCGGAACUGUGGGUCCAGAUCCAAAAGGAAUUUAUUGUUUAAACAAUGCUAUGGAUCCAGUCAGAUAUUGUCUAAAGUUGAACAAGCGCGACUAUAUCAAUUCACUUCGUAAUGAACUCUCCAAAACGUGUGGUGUUGAUACCCCUUGUUUGGCUUUGGCCGAAAUUUACAAUAAUAGAAUCAAUACUUUUCUAAGUGAUCAAAAGAAUUUAUCAUUUAUUAAAGAUAGAGAUAUUACCAUUGCAUAUGAAUUACCAGUUGCAGGUGAUUCAUAUUCAAGACUUCAUGUAAUUCAUAGAAAGAAAAAUCAUUUAUUAUUAAUGCCAUAUGUUAUUUUGGUAAAGUUUGCCGAAAUUACAUGUAAAGAAAUUUAUAAAAUGGUUUGGGAACGUGUUGGUCAUCGUGUAAAGAGAGGUUGGAAAGCAGAAUUACUUAGACAUAUGCAACCACAACAACAACAACAACAACAGCAGCAGCAACAACAACAACAACAACAACAACAAUCACAAACUACAACAGCUACUACAACUGAAAAUGGAAGUAUUAAUUCACAAGAUUCUUCAGAGAGUCCAGUUAGUAGUAGUCCAGAUUCAGAGAGUCAAUAUGGAGUCGACGAAGAUGAUUCCAGUUCAAUCACUGACAAUGAUGAAUCUGAAGAAUGCAUCUAUCCAUUUGUAUUAAAGAGUACCAAUGGCUAUGGCAAUAAUUGUGAUCGUUGUGCCAGCGGUUGCAACGGUUGUCCAAUUCCAUGUGACAACCGAGUCUUGAAAGACAUUUUCAAAAACCCCAAGUUUUGGAGUGAAGCCUGCAACAAUGUCACCAUUGAUUGGCGUCCAGAGAUUUUCAAGUAUCUUUGUGACAGUGAAAUCCUCGAAGGUUCGCCAUUUGUAAAGGAUGACGCAAGCGUUACAAUCAAAAAAGAUAUGCGUUCAGAAAUUAAUCUCAAUGAUUGUCUAUCUCUGUUCACCAAAAAGGAAAAACUUGGUCCAAAUGAUACUUGGUUUUGUCCACAAUGUAAACAACAUAAUGAAGGUGACAAAAAAUUGGAACUUUGGUCUUUACCAAAAAUUCUUAUUAUUCAUUUAAAGAGAUUCCAUUUCCAUCAUAGACAUGAAAAGAUUUUAUCCUAUGUUGAUUUCCCACUUGAUAAUUUUGAUUUAUCAAAAUGGGUAUUAUCAAAGACUGAUAUUCCACCAAUUUAUCAACUUUAUGCUGUCUCUAAUCAUAUGGGAGGAAUGGGAGCAGGUCAUUAUACUGCGUCUAUUAAAAAUAGAGAUCAAUGGUAUAUGAUUAGUGAUUCAUCCUAUCACAAGAUUGAAGAACAUCAAGUUAAAACUACUGAAGCCUAUGUAUUAUUUUAUGAAUUAAAGAAACCAUCUCCAUCAACCACCACCACCACAACUACCAACAAUGCUACUACUACCAAUUAA